AUGAAGGAGCUCGUCCAGACGGCGGCCAUAGGCUCCGAGGCAGUCAAGUCCUGUGAGGCGCAGGCCGCGGAUGCGGAGAGCGAAGACUUGGGCACAGUAGAUGCGACAGAAGUUGAGGGGGGAGCAGCCGAGCUGUCGGUGAGGGAGCCGAGUCCGGCCAGCCUUCAUGAACUGGACCAAUCUGUGCCAGCCGUGCAGGUAUGUGUACGUUUGAGGCCUCUGCUGCCCUGGGAGAGAUCUGAAGGGUAUGGCCCUAGCGCCAUGGAGAUCAACCAGGGCGACGGCAAGGACGGCAGCAUCUCUCUGAAGGAGGAUGGGAGGAGCCGUCACUUUCGCUUCAAUGCCGUGAUCAGCCCGGAGUGCACGCAACAGGAAGCCUGGGACCUGUCACGCAUCGAGGCCGUUGUCAACAAAGUUGCAAUGGGCUUCCAUGCCACAGUCUUUGCGUAUGGCCAGACGGGAACAGGGAAGACCCAUACCAUGGAGGGUUACUCCUAUGAACACCACAAUGGCAGUGCUGCGCCUUCAGUGUCGGCUGCCCGGCCUCGCGUGAAGGCGAAAUCCACGCCCCCAGAGCAGCUGGGUGUGGUGCCCAGGGCUGUGAUGGCCUUGUUCGAUCGGGUCGAAGCCAUUCGGGCGAGAGAUUCUCUCGGAGCGCAGGCCUGCGUGGUUCGGGUAUCCUUCCUGCAGAUCUACAACGAGAAGAUCUUCGACCUGUUGAACCCAUCACUGAGCGUCUCUCAGCGCGAGGCUGGUGGUCGCGGAGAGGAUUUCUCUGGGCUUCGAAUGCGUUGGGACGCACUGAAACGGCACUUCUUUGUGGAAAACUUGUUCCAGAACGAAUGUAACUCAGCGGAAGAGGCGCUGCAAUACUACCAAGCUGGGAUCGCGAACAAGCAUGUGGCAUCAACCGCUAUGAACGUCGCCUCAUCCAGGUCACAUACCUUAAUGGUUUUGACCUUGCUGAAACGGGAAGGCACAGCUGGGCCUGAUGGUUCUACUGAGCCUAGCCGUGAAGUUGUGUCACAGCUAUCUUUGGUUGACUUGGCUGGUUCUGAGCGUACGUUGGCCACGGUCAACACUAGCAGCAAAAGCAGCACACGCUUCCAAGAGACAGUGAACGUGAAUCAGUCUCUCUUCGUCCUUCGGCGGGUGAUCACAGCGCUCAGCAAGCGAGACAAAGGAACCGAGACCAGCGGGCAAGUGGGGCAUGUGCCCUAUCGAGAAUCCAAGCUGACCUCGCUGCUCCAGAACAGCUUGGGUGGAAGCAGCUACUUGAUCAUGUUUGCAUGCUUAGCAGCCUCGGACAAACAUGACGACGAGAACCUGAGUACUCUGCAGUAUGCGUCGCAGGCCGCCAGCAUAAAGAACCAGCCUCAGGUUAAUGUAGAUCCAAAGGAUCGUCUCAUCCAGCAACUGGAAGCACGACUUGGAGCAGCCCAUCAAUACCUGAUUCGAACCCUGGGACUGCACGAUUUGCCUGAGGAUUUGCUGGAAGAGGAACGGCAGGCAGUCCUCACAGCUACAGGCCGGAGGCCUCGGCCAAAGCGGCCAACGCCCCGCAAGGAAGCUCUGAGGCCUCAGGUGGACAAGGCCGAGAAAGUUGAGAAGCCAGAGAGAGUGGAGAAAACUACUUCCACUACCACAACAUCCACCAGCUGGAGCGCUGGAGACUGCGAACCCCGAAGGGAGGCCUCUCUGGGCGCCUCUGGAAGAUAUGCCAGCUUUUCGAAUGCUGUCCCGCCCGCUGCUCCAGUGCCCUCGCACCGUCGCAUUGCCGACCACUAUGGUCCUGCCAAGACUCUUUCGCGCUUCGUUCAAGGAGCAGCUCACAAGUCUCCCCGAAGCUCCGACUGGCCAUUCUUUGCCAGAAGGACAGAGGGGGGCGAGCUUUUUGCGGCGGUUGAUGCAAUGAUCCGUGGAUACGACGGUACGCCUCGUGCUAAAAGCAAGCCAAAGGAUCGACGCAAGCAGAGGCCGGCCUCUCUGCCGCCUGUGGUUCCAGAAGCUCUUGGAGGUGAUGCAGCUCCGUUGCCGCCUCUGCCAAGAAAGUUCCGCAUGCAGGCACCUGCCGCGGAAGAGAAAGAGCCGGAGUCUGUGGUGGAGGCUCACUCUGUGGAGAGCGACUUCCGAAACUCCGAAGGACCAGCUGCAGAAGUGCACUCAGAGCUCGACAAGGAUAAGGUCGAGACUAUGGCGUGCUACGAGGAGUUGCCCAAAUAUCGCCUGGAAGAGCUCCUGGCCGCGGAGCAAAAGCUUCAGGAGUUUUUGGAGUCUCCGCCCGAGCAGCAGCAGACAGAGGCUGAAGCUGCGACAGCGCUCGACCCCGUGGCGAUUGAGACCUCUGAGGAGCUCAAGCGGCUGGCCUGCGAAAACGCCCAGUUGCAACAGCGCCUUGAGGUCUUCUACCAGGCCAUGGAACUCGAGGAAAAGGCCGCGGCGGGGGAGCCAGAAGUGGCAACGAACCGGAACCAGGACCUUGCAAGUGUGGGCAAGCGCAUCGAGCAGUUCCACUCGCAGCUGGUUCUCGAAGCGGCAACGCUGCGAAACGAAGUGGCCCGGCUCAAAAAGAAGAAGUGGGUCAUCCAGGCCGUCCUAGAUACAGGCGGCGAAAUCGAGCGCCGCGCAAUUCAGGAGGAGCUUGAGCUUCUGCGUCUCUCAAAGAAGGGAGCCGACAUCGAAAGCUAA